AUGGGACAAAAAGUGACCACUCCUCUGAGCCUGACUCUGGACCACUGGAGUGAAGUUCAGGUUUGGGCACAUAAUCAGUCAGUAGAAGUUAAGAGAAAGAAAUGGGUUACUAUCUGUUCCUCAGAGUGGCCCGCGUUUAAUGUUGGAUGGCCACGGGAGGGCACCUUUAACACUGAUAUUAUUUCACAGGUAGAGGCCAAAGUCUUCAACCCUGGACCUCACGGACACCCCGACCAGGUCCCCUACAUCGUGACCUGGCGGGCUCUGGCCUCAGACCCACCUCAGUGGGUCCAGCCUUUUAUUCCCCCACCCAAAUUCCGUUCUCCUCUCACUACCCCAAGUGCCCCACCCUACCAAGCACUAUCCCUUCCCCUCCUCACCCCUACCUCUUCUUCCCUUUACCCUGCCCUUACCCCACUUCAGGCCCCGUUUUUGCCCCCUGACGCAGCGUCCCCCCUCAUUGACCUGUUGACAGAGGAGCCGCCACCGUAUCCUGAGGCGGCACCGGCAGGACAGGAGGAGCCUGACUCUCCAAUUUCCCCCAUUGCAGGGAGGCUUAGGGACCGUCAUGAGCUGCCGCUAAGUCAAACCUCCCAGGCCUUUCCCUUGAGAGAGGGCCCUAACGGCCGGCCACAAUACUGGCCCUUCACUGCUUCCGACCUUUACAACUGGAAGCAACAUAACCCUUCCUUCUCUAAGGAUCCCGCUGUCCUAACUAACCUAAUUGAGUCCAUUUUAGUCACUCACCAGCCCACCUGGGAUGACUGUCAGCAGCUUUUGCAGACCCUGUUGACCUCGGAAGAGAAGCAGAGAAUGGAAGCCCGGAAGAAUGUACCGGGCGAAGAUGGGCGACCAACCCAAUUGCCCAAUGAGAUAGAGGAGGCUUUUCCCUUGACUCGACCCCACUGGGAUUAG